AUGUACGAGAACAUUUUAGACCUUCUCCCCCGCGGUCCCUCUGCCAACAUCACAUGUCCACCAAUACCAAACCCCAUGCCCAAGGCUGCGGACUUGCCUGCCGUCAAGACCAUGCCCGACCCAUUCCUCUACCUCGACGGUAAGACGCGCGUCCAAAGCAAAGAAGAAUGGUUUCAAUGCAGGCAGCCCGAGAUCAUGAAGCUACUCCAGGAAUACCAGUACGGCUAUUAUCCCGACCACUCCCAGGAAACCAUCACUGCAACACGGUCAGGGACAAAACUUGACGUCAGUAUCGCCGUAGGAGGAAAGACUUCGAAGAUCUCGGCAACGCUGAACUUACCCUCGGGAAGCGGGCCUUUCCCUGUAGUGAUUGCCAUUGGAGGCAUCGACAACAAGGCGUACCUGAAUGCCGGAAUUGCGGUGGUGACUUUUGACUAUGGGAGCGUGGCGGCAGAUAGCAACAGCAAAACGGGAAGCUUCUGGACUUUAUACAGUGGCAAGGACAUCGGUGUCUUGACUGCAUGGGCAUGGGGCUUCCACCGCGUCCUAGACGGGAUUGAGUCCAAGGUUCCCGAAAUCGACGCUACGAAGGUCGGUGUUACAGGCUGCUCUCGACUAGGCAAAGCCGCACUCGCUGCCGGUCUCUUUGACAAACGCAUCACCAUCACAAUGCCAGCGUGCUCUGGGGUUCAAGGGGCCGGUCCAUACAGAUACAGUCUGAGCGGACAAGGAGAAACACUCGAGAAUUCGAAAUCAGGCGCAGGAUGGUGGACAUCCUCAGGAAUAUCCCAAUUCGUCGGCAAGUCAACCCAACUCCCAUACGACUCUCACACCAUCGUUGCCGCCAUUGCCCCUCGCGCCGUCGUCCUCGAACAAGGCCAAACGGACCAAUUUACCGACUCAAAAGGCACUGCCACUGUCACCUUCCCCGCCGCAAAAGUCGUGUACAAUUUUGUCGGUGCGGGUGACCAGCUGGGGAUGGCGAUUGCACCGGGUGGGCAUUGCGAUAUGGGCGGGUACGCGAAUAUGUUGCCGUUUGUAGCGAAGGUGUUGAAGGGUACGCCGACGACGAGGGAUUUUAAUGAUUUGAAACCUUGGACUGCAAUGCCAGAGGCGUAUCCUUGGGCCAGUAAUGCGCCGAGGGGGACAUGA